AGUGGGGGUCUUCAGUUCAGCUGGCUGGGGCAGCUGCCGUACCCUGUCGUAGGUGGAGCUCCGAGGUUGGCAGGACUCAUCCGCGUGUGCGGCGGCCUACACCAAGAACAGAACCACCCACACAUAGGUUCUUGUAGUGGAUUCACUGGAUUCAAUUUAACCAAUUGAUUUCUAUUUUGAACUGCGAUUCUGCGAAUUUGUGAUCUUGUUAAUUUCCACGACAGUCUUCUUGCGGGCCAGAAACGCGAAUCACGAUGAUUCCAGGAAUCGCCCCCAAGACGGCGGCGGCGGUGCCGGUGGCCUGGGCACCUCAGCCUCGGCACAUGUUCGUGUUUGGCGCGGGCUUCGUCGGCCGCUACGUCUCGGAGCGCCUCCUCGCGCAGGGCUGGCAGGUUUCCGGGACGUGCACCAGUGUCAACAAGAAGAGAGAGCUCGAGAUGCUGGGCAUGAAUGCUUCCGUUUUCGAUGCUACAGAGAGCAGCCUGGAAAAUAUUCACAAUUUGCGACAAGCAACUCACUUGCUCAUCUCCAUCCCACCCAUCCCUGGAAUUGGUGAUCCUCUACUUAAUUUAGGCGAAGACCUGAGGAGAACACUCAGCCAUGGUAAUCUUGAAUGGUUAUGCUACCUUUCGUCAACAAGUGUGUAUGGUGAUUGUGGUGGUGUAUUGGUUGAUGAGGAUCAUACAGUAAACCCAAAGAGUGAGUCUGCCAAGCUAAGAUAUAAUGCAGAAAAAGGAUGGCUGAAUCUUAUUGAUGAUCUAAAUCUGUCAGCUUUUAUAUUCCGUUUAGGUGGAAUAUAUGGGCCUGGAAGAAGUGCUUUGGACACCUUAGCCAAGGGCAAAUUUUUGUCGCAGAGACAAAAGUUGCGAGAAUCUAAGCAGUAUACUGCACGAAUCCACGUGGCUGACAUCUACCAGGCUGUCUUGGCUAGCAUGUGCAUCAGAUGUGCAAGGAAAAUAUUUAAUGUGGUGGAUGAUGACCCUGCCCCAAGAGCUGAGGUUUUUGCGUUUGCUAGGAGUUUGAUACAGAGGAGAUAUCCUGAUCUGAUAACUGAAAUCAUUGAUGCCAACUCUACAGGCUUGGAUUAUCAAGAAAUAAUUAUACCUGCAGAGAAACGGGUUUCUAAUGCUCGGAUGAAGCAGGAACUUGGUAUUAAUCUGCUUCAUCCAACUUAUAGAUCUGGCCUGCAGAGUAUCAUUGAUGCUUGGCAAAUUCAAUCUCAACUUCCCAAUAUAAGUCAGUGAUGUUUUAGUUUUGGAAAGCCAUGGCUGAAAAUAUAUUGCUGCCUGUCAGAAAAAGUACGGCUUAUAAGACAAGCGAAUGAAGUAGUGCAUAUGUCCUUGAUUUGGUUCAGAUGUAAUAAUCUAGUGGAUAUAGACACCCUAUACACGUUGUAGCUUUUUUGCAGAGUUGGUCUGGUGCUCUUGUUAUUUCUAGCAAUAUUUACAAAUCGUAUAGUCAAACCAGACAAUUAA